ACCGAGGACGACCGCCUCCUCGAGCGCUACCGCGUCCUAUUCUGCACGCCGCCCACCGAGCACGGUCUCCCACCAGCCGACGACGACGACGACGAAGAACGCAUGAAAACGAAGGCUCUCCUCGACGCCCUCACCGACGCGCGCCUCACGCUCCAUCGCAUGAAGGCGCAGUUCAGGGAGGGGCCGUGUGUGGUGUGCAGAGAGGCGGCGAAGAUGCGCUGUGCGAGGUGUAAGGCUGUGUAUUAUUGUGGGGGCGAGCACCAGAAAGAGGCUUGGCCGACGCAUAAGCAGACGUGUAAGCCUCGUGAGGGGCACGCGAUGAAGCCUGCGUCAGAGGCGCAGAAAAACGCUCUCCUUGAGCUCGGGUGUGAGAAGGUCCCUGAGAAUAUGGGAGACGCGGAAGCUUGUGAGCGUAAGGUGCAGGAGCAGCUAGGGGGCGUACUCCAGAAAUUGAUUGAUUUUACGCGAAACGAGAGGAUGGUGUUGUAUCUUCACCAACUUCAUGUCGGUACUGGUGCUAAAUGAGUUGAGGAGGGAUUGGUUGUGGUUUAUGAUUAUACAUAUAUAUACCGUUUCUGCUACUGUGCAUUACUAUAUCCCCGUAUCUUACGUACUUCUCUCGUAGUUGCUUCAGUAAUGCAAUGGACGUUUAAAUAUCGAAGACAUAGGACAUAAGCCACGUGAGAAAAUAGAAACCCCAGCGAUCACUGACAGGAUGAGCAUCCAAAUCGGGUAUAUGCUUGUUUAUUCCCCAAGCCGUUGCCAAACAAAAGGCUAAAAAUUCCAAUUCUUACGCACUUGCGUUUUUUCUCUACCCUCUCUUCAUACUCACUCCGAGUCUCUUCACUCCUACUUCAUCUUUUCACGACCCCCUUCUUCUCUUCGCAUAAAAUCGUCAUGUCUGCCAUCCGUGCUCUCCGUCAGCUCUGCGCUUCUUCCUCCCGCACACUCGCGCGCCCCGCUGGUGCUCCUUUCCGCCUCGCACACGUCGCAGCGCGGGUCCAGACGCCCGUAGCCGCCUCCGCGGCUCGUUCAUUCUCAGUUUCUGCCCGUCGGUUCAACGAGGGUUCUGCUGACGUGGUGUUGUCGCAAAAACUGGCAGAGGAGCUCAAGUACGAGAAAGAGGCUAUUGCUGACGUGGCUGAGCCCGAUUUCUUGAAGACGUUCAAAGAACAGGACCAAUGGAAGAUAGACGACGUGGAGGGAAACGACGAGGUGACGCUGACGAGGAAGUUUGGGAACGAGAGCAUCCGGUUGAUGUUCUCUAUCGCUGAUAUCCAAGCUGCGGACGAAGACCCGGAGUACGAGCAGGAAGACGGUGAUGAGGCGAGUGGGGAGGACCAGCCUGCGCAUUCGUAUCCCAUCCGUACCUCUUUCUCCAUCACGAAAGAGGGAGCGAAGGGGUCGAUUAAUAUUGAUACUAUGUGCCAGGAGGGCGCGUUCGUUGUGGACAAUAUCUCGUAUUACCCUGAUGCGAAGCUCGGUACUGAGUUGACAGCAGAGUCUGACUGGAAACGACGUGGACUGUACAUUGGGCCUCAGUUUGACACUCUGGACGUGUCUGUGCAAGAGGAGUUUGAGAAGUAUUUGCAGGAGCGGGGGAUCAACGAGAGUCUUGCGAUGUUCAUCCCCGAGUAUGCCGAGCACAAGGAGCAGAAGGAGUACGUGAGGUGGUUGUCGAAUGUGAAGACAUUCAUUGAGACUAGUUCAUGAGCGCGUACGGUCGUGGUCGCGUCUGACGUGAAAAAGAGAGAUGUCUAUGGAUUGCGCAUGCGUUAUAAUUACACUACUUUCUACAUACCACAGCAUUUCCCACCUCCACUCAAUUUGUCUAGAGACCAAAAUAUAAUAGUCGAGUUUGUCGCGCAGGCGUGUAGGCUGUGUGAUGCUUACUUGCUAUG